AUGGCAGCAAUCAAGGUGUUUUCUAUUCCGGAGAUUCUUGAAGAUAUCUUGCUGCGCGUUGCAUAUCAGGCGAAGAAGCACGAAGCCGAGAACUGCGGCACCGUCUUCAUGCAGCACACGGGCAAACUCCUUGAACUCGGCGAUCCGUUUAGGUUGGAGCCCACUGCCAGGCUCUCUAUCAUCCGCGCAGUGUCUCGAGACUUCAGAGACACGAUCAGAAGGUCUCCCAAGCUGCAGCGCGCACUAACCGGAAGCUUGGAGACUAGUGUUGCCCUGGUCAACACGCCGCCGUCCCUGCCGAUGAAAUGGCUCUUCCAGAGGGUGCUUGGGAAGAUGCAGGUGCGCAAUCAACCCUGCGUGGAUCUCACUAUCCAGCAUCAGAUGGGGGUGUUUCGCGACAGGCUGGACACUUUCCUGGGUCAGGGUGGAAGACAGCGAGAGGGUAUUUGGCGACAAGUCAAGAUACACCAGAAGCCGACCACUGCUUUCUUCGAGAUAUGGAUCGCUCCCCGGAUGCCGAGAACGUACAUGGGCGGAUGUUCGUAUACCGAGAACAUUAACAUGAGCAUUUGUACCACGUUGGGAGAGUUCUUGGACAUACUCUUCGAUGUACUGAAUCGCAGCACAUCUGAGCAUGUGGCCAGACAUCAUGCUCUGUCGAUGCAGGGUUGGAAAGACUGGGUUAUCGAUUAUCGUUGA